AUGGAUGAGAGUGAAAAUAACUCGCUGAGCACUCAACUGGAACAUGAAAAACAAAAAUCAGAAACGCUGAAAGCAGAAGUUGAAUCCUGCCGUCGUAGACUGGAUGCUGAUGUACAAGAUCGUGGUCAAAGUCACAAGUCCGAGAGAGACCUAGAACAUCAUUUCCAAGAGACAAGAGAGGAGAAGCUACAUUUAGAGGAGACAUUAUCUCAACUACAGAGGGAAAACAUGUUGCUUCAACAGCACCUGAAUGAGGCUCGCAACAAAGCUGACAAUAAAGAGGAGACAGAGGGUUCUUGGUUUCCUGAAGAAGUUAGCAAAAAGCGAAACAGUAUUUUAUCACCUUCAUCAAAAUCUGUUGGCCAAAUCAACAAGAAGAGUAGUCCUGCCCUUCCAGUGAAUGUGAAUCGCAGGAGUCAUGACCCAGUUGAGAUUCCCCGAAGGACGGAUCCUAGCUUGCAGAAGAAUGUAGUAAAGGAAAGCCAAACUGAUCCCUGGUCUUCACCAGAUUAUGUGGGUCAAGUCAGCGAGCAGGCUGGUGCUGAACUUCCAGUGAAUGUAGAUGUCAGGAGAUAUGACUCAGAUGAGAAUGCCAGAAGUAAUGUUCCUGGCUUGCAUAAAAAUGGAAUAAAGAAGAGCAAAAAUGAAACAUGUAAUUCAGCAGUAUCUGUGCCUAAAGUAAGCAGGAAGUCUGGUGCUUUGCAUUCAGUGACUGGUGACAGCAGAAGACAUGAAUCAAGACAGAAUAAUGGAAGCAAUGUCUAUAAUUUCUUCCUGUAUAGAAUUCCUGGCUUGACUAGAAAAAAGAGAAAGAAAAGCACCUAUGAAAUGAAUAUGCCAACAGAACCUCUGACAGUAACACAUGAGAAGGCUGGUGUAGUAUUUCCAGAGCAAGGUGACAGCAGGAGACAUGAAAACCAUCAGGAUGUUGAAAGGCCUGUAAAGAAAACAUCUAAUGAGAAGAAGGAAAUCAAGCCUACAGAUGAUUCUGAUGACAUAACUCAGACAUCCAAAAUAGCUUCAACGGGUUGUGACUCGCUUUACUCUGAUCAUGAGAAUUGUGUGUUGUUAAUGGAACAACUUGGCAUGAAUUAUAAAGUUUUUACUAACGUAUCAAACGUAUCAAAAUCCCAAGACUUAAUUUGUCCACAUAAAAGAUUAUGUGAAAUUAAAAAUAAUCACUGUGAACUACUUAAGGAAAAAUAUAGAAAAAUAAAAGCUGAGAAUUGUGCACUAAAAAAGGAGAUAUUAGAAACAAAAGACAUAAACUCACAGCUAAAGCAGCAAAAUUUGAAACAAGAAUACUGCUGGUGCAAUUUGAGGGAUCGGCUGCGAAGCGAAGAAGAGCACUACAGGAGUGGCGUUCAAGUGAAGCAGCAGCUGGAGUCCACACUGUCAUCAGUAGCUGUGGAACUGAGAGCUCUAAGAAGUGAUUUAAUGAAGGCUUCUGAGAGAAAUGAAAGAGAGAAAGAUCGAGUACAUAAAAGCCACACUUUGCAGGAUGAAAUCAGUAUGCUGAAACUGGAAAUAAAUACAAUGAAAAAUCAAAACCAGGAAAAAGAAAAGACCAUUGAAAUUAUAAAAGAAAUGAAUGAUUUUCUGCGAAAAACAAUACGACAGAGUGAGGAAGGACUUGCAAAAACAAUAUCCCAACAUUGUGAACAACUUCUUGUUCUAAAGAGUGAAAAUAACUCGCUGAGCACUCAACUGGAACAUGAAAAACAAAAAUCAGAAACGCUGAAAGCAGAAGUUGAAUCCUGCCGUCGUAGACUGGAUGCUGAUGUACAAGAUCGUGGUCAAGGUCACAAGUCUGAGAGAGACCUAGAACAUCAUUUCCAAGAGACAAGAGAGGAGCGGCUACAUUUAGAGGAGACAUUAUCUCAACUACAGAGGGAAAACAUGUUGCUUCAACAGCACCUGAAUGAGGCUCACAACAAAGCUGACAAUAAAGAGGAGACAGUAAUGAAUAUGCGAGGCCAGUUUCAGGACACUAUAAGAAGGCUUCGAACUGAAAAUGAGAAACAAAACGAAACAAACGAUGAGUUAAUUGAUGAAUGUAAUUGUUUUAAAAAAAGAAUAUAUAAUUAUGAAAAGAAGAAAGCGGCAAGAGAAGCACAAAUAACACCUCAAGACAAUUUGAAACUGUUCAGAGGUACUCAGACUACUUCAAUAAGUCAAAUGGAAGUCAGAUAUAAAAAUUUGGAAACUGAAAAUUGCAGACUGCAAACUGAAUUAGAGUCACAGAGAAUAAAAUUGGGAAAAUACAUGCAGCUCUACCUAGAAGAAUCAAAAAUGAGACAAUCAUUGCAAAAUAACGUAAACACCUGCUGCUGAAGUUGAAUCUGGAUCAUAUUGAGCUUUUGUAGGAAUUUACAGAUACAUCUCAUGAAAUCAAGAUGCACUUUUGAGGUCAAGGACCAGGAAAAUGCAUGCCACACAACUUCCAGAGCAAAGGGAAUAUAUAAAGUGAAGGGUGAAGAACUAGGCCAAUAAUUUAAUAAACCAUAGAUAUGAAGAUGGCAGCGCCAAUUGAAACAGACACUUUGGUCACUUCGUGAAUCUUCUGAGCCCUACAGAAUUCCAUUAAGAAGAGUCAGCUCUCAAGUCUUCUCUCUA